AAUUAUUAGACGUCCAUGAUGGUUAAAAGAAAAAAAAGACUUAUUUGAAUAUUAUGAUGACCAUGAUUUUUGAUGAUGAGGUUUCGUUUGAGCAAAGAAGCCACUUUGUUUCUGCUAUCGAAAAUUGAACGUAACUUGGAAUAUAUUUCCGACCGCAACUUCUCCAUUUUACCUAUAAAUCAGUUGCUGGGAACUCUACACGAUUUUAUGCAACCAAUUCGACUCAAAUGACUAUUGGCGACACCUGUGGUUGGAGCACUCCUACUACAAAUAAAAUAAUACACAGAGUCAGUGCCGCUAUUGCUGCACUACAUCGUGAAUACAUAAAGUUCCCCAGUACUCAACUAGAAAUAAGGACAGAACAAGACAAUUUUUAUCAAAUUGCUCGAUUUCCAAGGGUAAUUGGUGCUAUGGACUGCACGCACAUUAAGUUAUCUUUUGUCCCUCUCCGAUCUCAAGUAGGAGGUGAACAAGCAGAAUUAUACCGAAACAGAAAGGGUUAUUUUUCUAUAAAUGUGCAGACCAUAUGCAACUCCAACCUAGAAAUCACUGACAUCGUGGCAAGAUGGCCAGGGUCAUGUCAUGACAGCACAAUAUUCAACAAUAGCAUAAUUAUGGUAAGGUUUGAAGAUGGAUGUUACGGUGAUGCACUAUUAGUAGUUGAUGGUGGAUAUGCCUCAACGUGUUACAUGAUGCCUCCAUUAGAAAGCCCGAGAACACAGGCAGACCAACUCUAUAAUGAGUCACAAAUAAGAACCAGAAAUCCCAUUGAAAGGAGUUACGGUGUAUGGAAAAGACGAUUUCCUGUGCUGGCACUUGGGAUACGUGUCAAAUCAGAAAAAGCAUUGAUAAUUAUAGUGGCCACAGCAGUUUUACACAAUAUUUUACGCCGUAGAGAAGAAACAUUACCUCCAGAUGACCCAGAACUGCAUUUACCGGCUCCAUGGGAGCAAAUUUUAAGUGAUGGUCAAAUACCUCAAAGUCAAAGCACUGAAAGUGAGCGAAUACCUGGCCGACUUCAUAGAACUCGUGAUGCUCUUAUUGCCAAUUAUUAUCAAAGUUUGUUGAAUAAAUAAGUUUUGUUGGUACAUAUUAUAGUCUUUUAUGAUAGUUAUUGUAGAUGAAAGAUUCUUUAAACGACACAUCACUCACAUCAUAUUUCUACUCUACACUGCUACAUAAUCACACGUCUAUCAUAAAUGCGAAAGUAACUGCCUGUCUUUCUAAGGUAGAACUGCACUUAUGAACCUGCUUGAACUUCAAGAAAAAGAAGGUAACUUUGUCACAAGUGAUAUUCACUUACUUUUACUUACAGAAUCUACUUU